GUCCUGUGCGCAGUCGUCGAUAUGUCAAAAUAUUUUCAUGAAUUUUCUGCACUGCAGUUUUUUCUCUUAGAUUUUUCAUAAAAUUUAUUCACAUUGUGAGUGUAUAAAACAGUGAAAGUAGUUUCCCUGGCACCUCGAGAUCCACAUAGUGGAGAAAAAUUGUGAAUUUCAACGAUGUGAGUGGUGAAAAAGUGAAUAUUUUGGUAGAACACUCUGCACUCAAUUUAGACAGCACGAAAGGCACGAGAUUUCCCGUAGAGAUAAUUCACAAGGAAUAAAGUAAAAAUCAAAGAAAAUGAGUUACAAUCGUGGUAAUAGCGGAAGCUUUAACUUUGGUGGCUUUCAAGUUAAGAAGCCAUCAUCAGGAAAUAACACUCAGAACAGGCAAUUCUCCCUCAAUGCUGUCCCACCGCCCAGCAGUCUCAAUCACAGUUCCCGAUCAGCUACCUCGUCUUCAGGCGCACAGGGCUACGGGGCAGCUGGGAUGAGAAAUGCUCCUGUAUCUAAACACGGGUAUUCGACAAUGGAUGCAAUCUCGCAAUUUGCAAACUCUUCUCACUAUGCAAUUGGGAAGAAACGUGCCAAAACGGAGGAUGAGUACUUUGAGGAUGACGAUGAGCCACAGUUGGCAUAUAUUCCGGCACCAAACAGUCCCGGACAGCCAGGGAGAGUGGAAUCCAAAGCAUCGAAUGAUGAUGAUGACGAGGAUGAUCCCUUGGAUGCUUUUAUGGCAGGCAUCGAGCAGCAGGUUGAACGUGAGAGUAGAAAAGUGACCACAACCGAGGAUGUGAAAUCCAAGGGAAUCCGUGGGGACAUUGACGAUGAAGAUGACGAAGAGAGCUACUAUCGGUACAUGGAGGAAAAUCCCAUGGCUGGUGUAGUUGAUGAAGGGUCAGAUGCUGAGAUGGAGUACGAUGAGGAUGGGAAUCCCAUUCCACCACCACGAAAGAGGGACAUUGAUCCCCUGCCGCCCAUUGAUCACAGUGAAAUUGAGUAUGCUCCAUUCGAGAAGAACUUCUACGAUGCCCACGAGGAGAUAGCAGCCCUUUCGGUGGCUCAGGUGGACAAUCUGCGUAAAGCACUGGGCAUUAAAGUUACUGGACCAGUACCUCCACAUCCCGUGGCCAGUUUUGCCCACUUCAACUUUGACGAGAACCUGAUGAAGGCCAUUCGAAAGGCAGAUUACACACAACCCACGCCCAUCCAGGCCCAGGCCAUUCCUGCAGCCCUUGGAGGACGUGAUCUUAUUGGCAUCGCGAAGACAGGAAGUGGUAAGACAGCAGCAUUCAUCUGGCCUAUGCUAGUGCACAUUAUGGAUCAGAAAGAACUUCAACCUGGAGAUGGGCCUAUCGGACUAAUACUGGCGCCAACCAGAGAGCUUUCAUUGCAAAUUUACAAUGAAGCCAAGCGCUUUGGAAAAGUGUACAAUAUCUACGUGGUAUGCUGCUAUGGUGGUGGCUCCAAGUGGGAGCAGAGCAAAGCGUUAGAGAAGGGGGCAGAAAUUAUUGUAGCCACUCCUGGCAGAAUGAUCGAUAUGGUAAAGAUGAAGGCAACAAAUCUUAGGAGAGUUUCUUUCUUGGUACUCGAUGAAGCAGAUAAGAUGUUCAACAUGGGAUUUGAACCCCAGGUGCGUUCAAUUUGCAAUCAUGUGCGUCCAGAUCGACAGACACUUCUGUUUAGCGCCACGUUUAAGAAGCGCAUCGAGAAGUUGGCACGGGAUGUUCUUACGGAUCCAGUGCGAAUAGUUCAAGGUGAUUUGGGUGAGGCAAAUGAGGAUGUCACUCAGCAUAUGCUGGUGUUCAGCAAUCCUCAGCAUAAGUGGAACUGGCUCUUGGCAAAAUUAGUUCAGUUCUUGUCGGAGGGGAGCGUUUUGAUUUUCGUGACAAAAAAAGCAGAUGCAGAGCAGGUGGCUAAUAAUUUGCAACUAAAAGAGUAUGAUCCGGUGCUGUUACAUGGUGACAUGGAUCAAGCGGAUAGGAAUCGUGUGAUUAUGCGAUUCAAGAAGAGAGAAGUGGAUAUCAUGGUGGCAACAGAUGUGGCUGCUCGUGGUCUAGAUAUUCCACACAUCAAGACCGUUGUGAACUAUGACAUUGCACGUGACAUUGAUACCCACACUCACAGGAUUGGCAGAACUGGCCGAGCUGGUGAGAAGGGUACAGCCUACACCCUGGUGACGGAUAAAGAUAAGGAAUUUGCUGGGCAUCUGGUGAGAAAUCUCGAAGGGGCGAAUCAAGAGGUGCCCAAAGAUCUUCUCAAUUUGGCCAUGCAGAGUUCGUGGUUCAGGAAGUCCCGUUUCAAGACUGGCAAGGCAAAGGCUGUUAAUGUGGGCGGAGCAGGACUGGGUUAUCGUGAACGUCCGAGCAGCAGUGGAGGAGAUUCAUCGGCUGUGCCGUCAAACAAUCAUGGUACUCCUAGACCAUCUAAAGGACCCGCAACUGAUCGACUGUCUGCGAUGAGAGAAACUUUCCGGAAUCAAUACAAUUCACAAUUUAAAGCGUCGUCAGAUCGCACAUGGGAAAAGACACUUCCGCCGCAGGGGGUCUUCCUAACACCAUCAGCUACACCACCGUCCCAGGCAGAUUCUGGUGGCAAGAAGGCGAAGAAAAGUCGCUGGAAUUGAGUCAGCUCCCAUUUUACUACCUUUCAUAUAUUUUUUUCCAUUGAGGAAUGCAAUUGCUUGUAAAGGUAUUUGUCUAUUUAAAGGACUCUUUUAGCGAGUGAAUAAAGAAAAAAUUGCCUACA